CUUAAUAAUGUUGGGAUGAUAAGAGUUUCAACUUCGUAAGCCAAAAUGACAACAGACAAGUUUAAAGGUAAAAUUGUUCUUUGCCCACAAAAAAUAACUCUAAUUAUUUUUUGUUACACCAGCAUAGCAUUUCGUCACACAAAAAAUAGAAUCCCGUGUUUGUUUUGUCCCCAACACAGUUCCAUAAGGACCAUAACCUAGAAGAACCACUGUUUCAGCAGUAGCAGCAUAAGGAAUCAUAGCCUUCAACUUCUUUCAGGCGAACUCAGCCUUCUCCCCCAUGUUCUUGAAGCUCACAGCGAGAGACACAGAAGGUGGCUUGAAGAGACGAGCAUCCACAAAUAUGCCUUCUUUAGCCAACGCCUUGUCAAUCUGAAGAGCAAAGCCAGCCUCCUAGGGAAUGAUGACCUGCAACACUGGCACUGCUUGCGCUGUACCUCUCAGCAACUGACCUCAACGCCUGCAGCGCCAUGCUGAACCGGAUAGCACCAUACAAUACAAUGCUUUCCAGAUAGGAACCAGCAGCAUUAUCAAAGGUGGAUGCAACUCCUGAACGCGACCAAAAUUCCAAAUCAUUGAUCAACGCUAUGUAAAAUCAGAACUCGAGAAGAUAGCAAAUCUGGUGCAUAUUCAUCUAAGUUAUUCUUGCUGUCAGUUCAUACGACGCCAUAACUAUCACCAAACGUGAAUGAGUUGUGGAGGAUUUUAAAAAUCUGAAGAAAUGUGCACAACUUGUAUUCAUACUUUGAAAACCGGAGUGAGUUCUUCCUUCUGCAAAAUCAGAGACAAAAUCCAGUAAAUAUCUUACUUACUGGCACAAAAAUGGCGAGAUAUUCUUCCACUGCACAGCAGACAAUACAGAAGUAGGAAGGGGAUAAAAAGAACAGGUCAACAAGGACCUUCUGCAGAAAUUCCGAUCAAAAUGGUAUGACGCUGUGUGUUUUAAUUUGAAAGACAGAGGCUUGCAAAUAGAAGCAAUCUCAAACCCCUACAUCAGCCAGCUAACUCUUUAUUAUUUUGUACUUCCCAGUUCCCUGGCUAUGGCGAUGGCCAAAUACCAAAAAAUAAAAAAAAACUUAUGUGCAUACCUUCUAUAAAUGUGUUUCAAGUUGAACUCCGAAAUGUGCAUGAUCAAAACCAACUCUGCAAGUGCCAGCCUAUGUUAGCAACUAGCGAACAGGAUAUAGAGUUUUAACCAAAAAAAUAUGCUUUGUAGAAGAGCCUGAUUUCAUUACGUCUAACCUUUCAUAACAGACUUGCCAAUACCAAGUUUGAGAAGGACUGAACUGAACACUAGACUCCACAAAAGAACUAAAAAGGUGAUUUAUCCUGUCGAUUCAAAAGUUGGAUUUCCUGAGUUGUAGCCUCCAGGACCUAGAAGAGGUAGAAUCCAUUUUGUCGAGAAACAGAAAGCAAGCAGGCACAUUAAUAGAACUCUUCAGAUUGCUUUGCCGAACUAUAACCAUGAUGCACAUUAAUUGGCUGCUGCCGAAGGCCCUCUCGCGAUCAUGUAUGUAAGUAAACCUCGGGGUAGUAAUCGAUGAUUCAUUCAUCUCUUGCUGUAGAUUACGAUCCAUCAUGAUCUGUUACAUACACCAACUCUUCUGCAUAGUACUGUACAACCAACAAAUCCAGUUAGCAAUGAUGGCAGAAACAUUUCAUUUCAUUUAGAGUCCUCACCUCUCUAAACAUCACUACAAAACAUAGUAAAGUUAAACUGAAAGACAGCAAGCAAACUUCCAUUCUACAUUAUCAAAUGCACGAGUCAUACAAGAUUAUCUUUCACAAAUGGGGGGAAAUAAAGUCAAGCUUAAGUUGACGUAGUCUACCUAAGUGAAGUGUCGGACAAAAACCUUCUUUUUUCCCCACAGCUUGACUAUAUCCCGACUCAUUACAACAACUGAACUCAAGAAUCUAUCAACCGAGCAAAGGAAUCAAGUUAAAUGACGAAAAUCCAAAUCGCCAGGUACCCACUAAUCGUAAUCAUAAACUGACACUUUGAUUGCGACUCAAAGGGAAUGAAAGGGGAGAGAAGCGACCUACCUCCCUCAGCAUUCGGCCGUUGAUUAGUAAGAGAUUGGAGGCAUCGGUGACUGAAGUAAGAUUGGUACCUGGGAGGAGUUCGGACAAGAAAGUUGCAGCGCAACUCCCGAGACUCCAAGCCGAUGGAUGAGCGGAGGCAGCUGUAGUCUACCGGAGACGGCGGAAGCCGAGUAGUGACAGGGAGGAGGUCGGGAAGGAGAAGGCGACGAUCGCCGGACUUCUCUCGUAGAUUUCAGAGAGAAUGUCAAAUGGGCCGAGCGAAGCCCACGAAUUCAAUAAUCCAUAUUACUCAUGGGCUGGAUUUGUACAAAAUGGAUCCUUUCCUUGGAGAAGUCGGAAACCAAGCGGGGCUUCCCUUUCCGAGUCCGAGGAUGAGAGGGACAAGUAAAAGGAAACAAAACAUAUAUAAAAAGGUUUGGGGCUGCAGGUGGUUUCUUUUUCUUUUGGCGAUAAAACAAAAAAGUAGAAUGUCGAUCUGUGAAGCGGAACAAGGCAGAAAGAGAAGGAGGAACAACUUUGGAAUGGCGACACCGUUGGUCGGCGGCAGCGAAGAAGAAGCAACAACCGACCAAUUUUCGAAACUGCCGGAUGAGUUAGCGGUGGGGAUCCUUUCGCCGUCGGCGACCACAAUGAACGAAGCGGCGAGAUACAGCAGCCUACUGGGGAAACGGUGGAGGAACAUGUGGCAGUUGAUCGACAGCGCGGUUCUGGAUUUCAACAAGUCCGACAACGACGACAGGAGAUCCGAGCCGCAGCGGCGGCGGUUCGUGGACCGGGUCGACCAAGCCAUCGGUUUGAUCCGACAGUCCAAAACCAGACUGGACGAGUUGAAGAUUGUGUUCAAGUUUACCGAGAUGGAAGAGGCUGGGUGGAGGUGGAUCCAAUUCGGUCUGGGCGAGGGAGUCAAACGGCUUACCCUACUGUCUCUGUUGCGCCCCGGUUGGGAGGCUCGCGACGCGAUCCCUGUCCCCCUCUUCACCCCUGAAUUCGUCGCCAAGCAAGACCUCAGCCGCCUCGAGGUUUUGGAGUUUCAGGGCGUGUCCAUGAUUCCUGGAGGAACUCUGGAUCAUGUCUUGUCACGCUGCCACUCACUGCAGCACCUGUCUCUCAACAAUUGCUCCUUCCACGACGAGGAUACAGUGAUCAGAAUUUGUCGUCCCAACAACGACAAGCUGCAGACGCUGACAUUUUGGUGUCCAGAAGAAGAGUUCCACAAUGUCACUAGGAUUGAAAUCUUUUCUGCCCCUGGUCUUCGUAGUUUGAAGGUGGGUGGAGGACCAGUCGUCCCAAGGGUCGAAUUCGGGGACGACAUUCCUCAACUUCGGGAAUUUGAGUAUUGUAGGUUCAUCCAGUUUGAUGGUGAUGACUUCUGCUACUUCCCGUGGUCUCGGUCUGAAUCCAACAAGUUUGCGCCUCGAUUGCAGUUUCUCAAGUACGACCUCACCACUCACAACUUUGAACCUCUAUCUGUUCGGGCUCCUGAAUGGUUGCGGUUUGAGAAGCUCACGGUGUUGGAUUUAUCCAUAUAUAUAGAGUUUGCUCGUACAAGUAUGUUGGAGUGCACGGCCCUGCUGAGGGCAGCUCCAAUGUUGCGCCAACUGUUCAUAUCGUUCAUACAUUUGUACAACUACAAUAAGUGGGAGGAUCCUGAGCAGGAGUUGCCAACUUGGAAGCAUCAAUCUCUGCAGGUGCUUCAGCUGCACGGGGUGCAUCCUAGCGACUGGCAGGUUGUUGAUUGUCGCAAACCUCAGAUGGAGCUCGCUGCCUACAUCAUUAUGGCCUCGCCUUCACUGAAGCAGGUCCUUAUUGAUACCAAAAAUUUAAGAUCCACUGCCCCCAGGGAACCACUUCAGGUUGAUGCUCAUAUCUCUGAAGCUAAGAUGGAAUUGGAAGCUCGACUCAGCUCUCACACCACCACCUCCCAAAUUCACUUCACUUAUCUAUAAGUACUUGUUGCUCUGUCAAGAGGAAGAAGAAGCAGCAGCAGAAGAAGAAGAACAAGAAGUAUGUUCAAGGGUUGUAGAUUUUUCCUAGGAGCUGUUUGUAGUCUACUGUAUAUGAACAAGAGAUAUGUGGAUUUCAAACUUGGGACUAGUUCUGAAUCAAAUUUACUGAUGGGGUUCAAGGGUUGUUUGGCAAAAUCUCCUGUUUGUGUGUGUUUUUGCUGCGUUUUCUUGUUUGGGUUCCUGAACUUGGCAGAUACGCUGAUGCUCGUGUUGAUCUGGUUCAUUGUGCGGUACAUUACUGACUUCUGCAGCAGGUAACUUCUGUUCUCGAUAUUGGACAAUUUGAAUGUUGAAUGCAUCAAUGCUUUCCAAUUUCUGUGUGAGUGUGGAAUGCUUGUUUAUGUUGAGUUAUUGACAAAUGAAUGGUAGGUAGCUUGGUACCCACAAUCUCUACAUGUUGAGCCUAGUUUGUUAGGUCCUGUAAUUUUGAACUGUGACUCUCCUUUGGUGCCUUCUAAAUUAUUAGGUUUCUUGCAUACUCCACUUUGGCCACUUCGUUAGAGGGAAGUAGGUGAUUCAGGACGAGAAGCCAUGGUCAUCAAAUCUAAUAUGUAGACGCUAGUACUGGUUACUGGGUCUCUUGGAGAUAUCUGUUGGCUGUGGAAGUGCAAUUUAGUCUAUCAAAAGUACCCAAUUAUCGUGUUAGGAAACCAGUUGACUUCAUUAUGAGGAUCUUGAGAACUGAUGUAAUAGAAGCAUGUUGAUUUGUCUGCUCAACCUUUUCCAAUUAGAUGGCUGUACAACACGAUAGGAAGCUUCAAUUAUAUUUGGUUUGUUACAACAGAAGGGUCUGGCAUAUCAACCAUCCAUAGGGGCAGAGCAGGUUACCGUGUCUUCAUUGGAGCAGGUUUUACAGUCUAGAAGUCCUAGUUGCUUGUCUCUAGAGUUCUGAGAGCAAUAAUUAUUAGUGCCAACCUUGUCUUCAUUCAGAAUCUGAUGGAAUAUUUUGUAGCCUUAGGUUCCAUCAAACAGCGGAGUACGUUUUGAGGUGUGUAAAGUGAGUAGUUGGUUCUCAUUCCUGAGUUUGGAAUGUGCUGUUGUGUCUUUCUGAAGCUUUACUCCUACUUUUUAGUUUAUUCACCAACCUGCAUUUCUUCUUCUCAAGUAGCUCUUUCCCUUCACAUGUGAUCUAUUGCCCUCAAUUCUUCUCCCAUGUUGCCGAUGCAGGAUCCCUUCUCAGUUUUCAUCCUACCGUUCACCUUCUCCGGACAUCAAGUUCCCGAAGUAAUGGCUUCGCCACCUGCUUGAACUUGGGAUUUCACCACUGAAUUAGGUAGGAUUCUAUUUGCAAUUGAACAUGUAUAUGAUUUUUUGUCAUGACUUCAACACUGAGAAUCAAUAUAGAUGAUCAUCUUACUGAAUCGAUCAUGGAUUCCACCCAAGAGGCAAGAAUAGCCUUCGGUGUUGGCUCACUCUAUUAUACAGGCUCGAAAAUGCUUCUAAUCUUCAUCCAAUGUUUUGGCACUGGAACAUUCUGUUUAUGUUAAUGAGAUUGAAAGAUGUUUGUUCGUGUGCUGAAGACUAUCGAAAGAGAUUGCCUGUUUUCUUAUCAUUUUUGCUCUGAUCCCAGGUAUCUAUGGUUGAACAUUUAGAGCGAGAUAUAUCUUGUCACCACAAAUCGUGGUUCCAUGGUGACGAAGUAGGUAAUAUCAAAGAGCAACGAAUUGCUAAGCACGUAUUGUAAUCCAGAUUGAAGGAAUGUUUAGAUGAUAUUUUUCUUUUCUUUUUGGUCGUGAGAAUUUGUUGCAAGCGCAUAACCUUCUUGCUUAGUCUUAGCCAUAGCGAUAGCAUCUUUUACAAAGCAGAAGAAGAAGAACAAGAAGUAGAAGAAGAACAAGAAGUAGAAGCAGAAGAAGAAGAGCAAGAAGAAGCAGAAGAGGAAGAAGAAGAAGCAGCAGAAGAAGAAGCAGAAGAGGAAGAAGAAGAUUCUUAUUAACAUGUUAUUAUUGUCCCAAUCAAGUUCUUAUUUUCUU